AUGGUGCGGCCUUCGGGCACGGUGCUGACCUACCUCCCCGAGCCGCCUGGCUGGCGAGCCCAUCCGCCCGGGCGACUCCCCGCGGACCCGCCCGACCCCUGCUGGUCCCUCGAUCCCGCGCCGCCGGCGGAGGGCUCGCGGCCCCUCGCGAUCGUGGAGGUUGUCGACUACGACCUCUCUGCGCUCGGCACUUCGCGCAUAGUUAAGCUCGACCCGGUCGGCGUGCUCGCCGAGCGGCUGGGCGACGUGGCAGUGCAGUGCGUGCGGCGCGCGCUGCGCGACUCCUGGACCUACCCCACCCUCGCCACGGCGGGCGACGCGCUUCUCAACGCAAUCUUUGGCGAGCGCGGCCCGAGCGGCUGGCUGUUUGAGGUGGUUGUGUCGCCUCACGUGUACGCCUCGCGCACGCUGUGGAAUACGCAGCUUCUCGGCCGGAGGAAGCAGCUCAAGACGUACCGCGGCCGGGACUUUGAGCUCGACACCUCGCCCGACCUCGCCUGCUGCAACAUGGACGUGCUGCACCCCGUCUCGCGCCCGCCGUCCGACGCCCGCAGGCACUGGACGUUGCGGAUCUGCCAGAUCACGCCCCUCGUCCGGCGGGGACUGAGCGACCGGGAAGCCGAGGCCGCGCUGCAGCAGCUGCUCGACAAGGCCCGCCGCCGCCCCAAACCCCACCCCCGCCUCUCUCCGGAUGCCGAGCAUGAUGUGCCGCCCGCUCAGGAGGUCCCUCGCAAGUCCGGGGCCGUCGCAAAGGGGCGGGGUCGCGGCGAAAGGACGGCGUCGCCGCCCGAGAGGCUCAGCGGCGAUACUCGGCCCAAGCCCGCCAAACCACGCCAGAAGCUGUCUAGCAAGGCCAAGCUGCAGAUUGGCCACGUUGUGUUUCUGCACCCGGACCGGCUGCCCCUGGGUGCGAGCCCGCACCAGCCACACCUCAUCCUGGCCGAGGCAUGGCCCAUCCGGGGGGAGCGCGGCGGCAGCACACGACGCCACUUCCGCCUCCAGCCCCAGCCGUCGGGCGAGCCCUUCCUCCUCGAGGAGCGGACGGUGACCGCGCUGCACAACGGCUUCCGCGGCGCGUGGCUGGCGAUGGAGGCGGUGGGGGACGCGGCGCAGCGGGAGACCCUGCUCCGCGCCCUCGCGUGGUACUGCGAAGAGUACGCACGGCCGCCCUUGGCCUGCAUCCGCCUGCUGCUCCACUCUGGCACGGUCAGCAGGGAGCAGGCGCUCGAGCUCGCGGCCGAGAUGCGGGCGCUGACGGGCGGGGGAGGCGAGGCCUACGCGAGCGACGGAGAGGAGCCGGCAGGCGCGCGCCCGUCUCCCCGCCGCGGGUUGCGGCUCAAGGCGCUGCCUACCGCCUCGGGGGGGUCGUCUAGCGCCGGCUCGUUGCCUCGCCUCCCCGAGCCGGAGGAGCUGACGGCGGACGAGGCUGCGCCCGUCGAGGCCGUGGUGCCGUUUGCGCAGCUGCUCGGCAUGGAGUGGAGCCGACCACGGGCGGCGCCGCGCGCGUCGAGCGCCCUCCCUCCGGCCGCCGACGUCGACCACGCCGAGCUGCGGCGGGCGCUCGAGGAGGCCUUCCGCAGCCACUUCCGCGCCGACGUCGAGAGGGACGAGGUCGGGCUUGGGGCGCUUCAGGCGGAGGGCAUCAGCAUCACGCCCGACGAGUACGAGGCGGGCGCCGAGUGGCGGUGCGCGUGCGCGCUCGCGACGCACGGCGCGCUCGUGCGGCUCGGGUACGCGACGCGCCGCGGGGCGCUGCUCCACUUCGCCGCGGCCACGCUAAAGGGCGAGUGGAGCCGCGCUGUGCCCGCGGAAGCGGAGGCGCGGCUGGGGGAGGGGAGAGUGGCGCGAGGGACAGUGGGCGCGUGCUCGCCGACCGGCGAUUGCGACCCCCCGCCGCCGCCUCGCGACGAGGGAGCGGCGGCGCGAUUGCGCGACGAGGAGCCGGCCGGGGGCAUCCCGGCCGGCGUGGUGCUGCAUGCGGGCGGCGCGGCAGGCGGCGGGGGCGGCUCGUUUGUGACAGCUCCGACAGCAGCGACGGGCAGCGGCGGCGGCCCGCCCGCCGGGACGGGCUUCAAGCGCAGGCGGGCGGCGGUCGACGACGGCAAGAUUGCGGGCAUCUGCAGCGCGGAGCGCGGGCAGCGCGAGGCCGCGGCGCGUGGGGAGGCGGUGGUCCCGGCAUCGUACCGCGCCGCGGUGCUGGAGGGCCUCCGCCGCGUGCUAGUCAAGGAGGGGGGGGACCCGGAGGAGUGGUGGGCGAGGAAGGGCGCGGGAGGGCCGUUCCCGUUUGAGGCGGAGUUGCAGGCUUUGCGGGGGGAGAGCGAGCCCACCUAG